AUGGCCCUUUACUUAGCUCUCCUCUUCUUCUUGCUAUCAAAUCUUACUCAUUUUUCAUGCCAUGGCAAGCUUCUCCCAGUGGUCAAUGAUCAAGGAGGCAAUCCUGGCCAGACGCAAACCUACAUCGUUCAUGUAGUAAACACCAAGGAAGCUGAGCUUCUCAGCGAUAUAGAUCUUGAAAUUUGGUACAAAUCCUUUCUACCUAACAACACUCUAGACUCGGGAGCACCUCGUUUGGUGUACUCCUAUCGACACGCAAUCAGCGGUUUUGCUGCGAGGCUAACUCCUACAGAAGUGAAGGCUAUGGAAGGUAAGGAAGGCUUUUUAUAUGCCCACCCUGACAAGCUCUAUCACCUAGAAACCACUUAUACCCCAGAGUUCUUGGGGUUGAGCCAGCCGUUCGGAGGAGCAUGGGAUGGCACCAUGUAUGGCGAAGGCAUCAUAAUUGGAAUUAUUGACACUGGAAUUUUUCCGAACCAUCCUUCUUUUAGCGACAAUCUAAUGCCUCCUCCACCUACUAAAUGGAAGGGUAAGUGUUAUUACCUCAGUUGCAAUAAUAAGAUCAUCGGUGCAAGAGCAUUCCGAAACGGAACCAGUCCUUCCCCAUUAGACACAGCAGGGCAUGGGACCCACGUGGCAGGCACGGCUGCAGGCAAUUUCGUGGACGAUGCCAACGUUCUUGGGACAGCCAAGGGUAAGGCCGCUGGAAUGGCACCUAAAGCUCACCUAGCUAUCUACAAAGUGUGCUUCGAGGAUGGCUGUUGGGGGCAUAAUACACUUAAAGCCAUAGAUCAGGCUAUCACGGAUGGAGUCGAUAUAAUCUCCAUGUCAAUUAGUGGUGCACAUAAUGCAACAUUCUAUUUUGAUUCAAUCGCACAAGGUUCACUAGCAGCAUUCAAGAAGGGAAUCUCCAAUUGUGCAUCCGCAGGCAAUAGUGGCCCUGAAAAAAAUACAUUGGCCCUUAGUGCCCCGUGGGUUUUGACAGUAGGAGCGAGCUCAACUGACAGAAGAAUAAGCGCAGCUGUAAAGCUCGGAAAUGGAAUGGAACUACAAGACUUACCAGACCAGGGAUAUACCACAUCUUCUGAAGCUCAUAUCCUUCCAGCUGUCCAAGUUAGCUUUGUGGAUGGGAUAAAGAUCAGAGACUACGUUAUGAUGUCAAACUCCACUCCUACCGCAGCAAUCAAGUUCAACUACGCACAAUAUGGAUUCCGACCAUCUCCAGCAGUCGCUUCUUUCUCCUCUAGGGGUCCAAGCGAGAUGAACGGCGACAUCUUGAAACCAGAUGUCCUUGCACCAGGCGUGAACAUUCUAGCAGCAUGGCCAUCUGGAGUCGGACCUAAUCCUAACCCGUUCAUCCUUAAAAACUUCAACUAUGACAGCGGCACCUCCAUGGCCGCUCCUCACGUUUCUGGAAUCGUCGCUUUAAUCAAGUACAAACACAAGCAGUGGUCACCAGCAGCGAUCCAAUCCGCCAUCAUAACCUCGGCCAAGGAGCUAGAUCUUGACGGGAACCCCAUCAAGGACGAGGCGGACAAUAAGACAGCCGGUAUCUAUGCCACAGGAGCGGGCCAGGUGAAUCCAGCCGGGGCGAUGGAUCCUGGUCUCAUUUACGACCUAACUCACGACGAUUACAUCUCAUACCUCUGUGGCCUAGGGUACAACGACACUGAGGUGUACUGGACAGUUGGCUAUUUUGUUCAAUGCUCCCGACACAAAAAGACCAGCCCGUCACAGCUGAAUUACCCCUCCAUCGCGGUAUCUCUCAGCUCAAAUUCAAGGACCCAGACCGUGCAACGAACAGCGACGAACGUAGGGGACGCUAACGAGGUUUACCAGGCGCGGGUCCAGGAGCCGCCCGGGGUCAGCAUUUACCUUUCUACGCACCAAAUUUCGUUUUCUAGAGUCCAGCAGGUCAAGGACUUCAAUGUCAGCCUCGUCAUGAGGCGAUCACCAGGGAAAGGGCUGGUUUCAAGGGGGAAACUCGAGUGGGUUUCGAACAAACAUGUUGUUACAAGCCCUGUCGCUGUCAGAUUCGCCUAA